GGACGCGACAUCGCUGUCAAGUUCAGCGCGACGAAGGAGCAUCAAACACCCCCAAUCACAACUCUCGUCGUAGACGUCGCUCUAAGUACUACUUGUGCUCAAUCGCUAGCUGCAAGAUCCAUGUUUUUCGGCUUUGGGUCUUUUUUCUACAUCUCUCUGCUGCUAGUCAAUUCAGUAGCUAUCUUGUCUGAAGAUCGAUUCCUUGCUAGAAUCGGCUGGAGUGCGACGAAUGAUCCUGGCUUCGGCACAGACGAGCAAAGCAUAAAAUCAAAACUCAUUGGACUCAUCAACUCGGUGCGCGUUGUUUUGAGAGCACCUCUCAUCCUUGUGAAUACAGUCGUCAUCUUUUAUCUGCUGCUACUCGGCUAGAGCAUCGCAUUAUGUACUGGAUAGAAUUAAUGACA